UUUCCCGCCAUAGCGCAGUGUUCACGCAACUUUCGCGCCAAACUGACGCUAUUCGAAAUUUAAAUUUUGACACACGCGCGCGCUCUUUGCAAAGUUUUUAAAAGUGAUUAUUUUUUUAAAUAUAUUUCUGGCCAGUGUUUUUAAUGAAAUUUUGUGCUCAGAAAAAAAUAUGGAUCGGUAACAAUAAGCACGUUUUUGUGUACAAAUGAAUUUUAAAACGGGCUGUGAAAAUUUGCAUUCUUGUUAGUGUGACAAAUUAUUUUGUUUGACAUCUGAAAUCCGCAUCGACAUGGCUAACACGUUCCACCUGCUGGCGGCCGUCAGCUGUCUCACUCUGGUGGCCGCGUACUGGGGCCCGGACCUGCCUCCAGGGCCGUACUGCGGGCGCACUAACGAGUGCUGCAGCGACCGAAGAGACUCCUGCGCACACCGGAUACUGGACACUCUCUGCUACUGCGACCAGUUCUGCAACCACACGGCGUCGCACGACGACUGCUGCCCUGACUACCCUGAAGUAUGCCUCGGGAGAAGGCCUGAAGAGGUCCCGGUGCCGCUGAAGCAGCCGUGCCGGCACCGUGGCCAGCUGUUCAUGCCGGGCGCUGUUAGGAUGGAGGACUGUAAUAGCUGCGAAUGCGUCGAAGGCCAAGACGGUCUGACGACGUGGGUGUGCCAGUCGGACCCCUGCCUCGUCAGCGGGGAGGUGCUGGCCAGGGUCCAGCAGCGUGGCGGCAGCUGGCGAGCCUACAACUACACACAGUUCCAGGGGAAGAAGUUGAAAGAUGGCCUGGUUUAUUAUCUAGGAACGCUCCCGCUCAGCCGCGAGACCCAGCGCAUGGGGGCCAUCCGGUACAACAAGGAGCCCGACUACCCGGCGCACUUCGACAGCCGCAGUCGCUGGCCGCGGUACAUCUCCCCUGCGCGUGACCAGGGCUGGUGCGGCGCUGACUGGGCCGUGACACUCGCUGAUGUCGUCUCUGAUAGGUUCGCGAUCCAGUCCAACGGCGCCGAGACACUAGCGCUGAGCCCGCAGGUGUUCCUGUCGUGCAACCGCCGCGGCCAGCAGGGCUGCCGGGGAGGGCACAUCGACGUGGCCUGGAGCUUCGCUAAAAGCCAUGGCCUAGUCGACGAGGAAUGCCUCCCCUACGUGGCCAACGUGACCCGGUGCCCGUUCCGGCCCCGCCACGACCUGGUCCAAGAUGGCUGCCGGCCGCGCAACCCUCAGCGCACGUCGCGCUACAAGGUGGGCCCGCCCAGCCGGCUGAAGCGGGAAGAGGAUAUCAUGUAUGACAUCAUGGAGUCCGGGCCGGUUCAGGCAAUCCUGACGGUCCACCAAGACUUCUUCCACUACCGGGACGGCAUCUACCGGCGCUCGCACUACGGAGACAACAAGUUGCAGGGGCUCCACGCCGUGAGGAUCGUGGGCUGGGGCGAGGACCAAGGGGACAAGUACUGGAUCGUAGCCAACAGCUGGGGCCCGGAGUGGGGUGAAAACGGCUUCUUCCGCAUCGCUCGAGGCGUCAACGAAUCCGGGAUCGAAUCCUUCGUGGUGACCGUCCUAGUGGAAGUCAUCGAGGCUAACCGAAGGAAAUAACCUCUCAAGCAACUCGUCACGCCCUGUGUGGCCAGGCGAGUCGUCAGAACGAGGCAUGGCUGGAUUGUGCUAAACACAACGCGUUAUAGAACUUGAGUGCGAUGUUUGUGAGAAUAGAUUUGCGCGUGGUGCUAUUUCGUUGGGGCGAAUGUAGAUGGCGCUGAUUGAUAAAUUUGUGGUGUGUCUUAAUCUCGGAAUAUUUAUG